ACCGUUGUAGAAGAAACCAUAAACUUGCAGUUACUAAAGCCCGAGAAAGGUUAAGACCGGUCAAGAUGUCAAGUAAUUCAUGUGAAAGUAAACGUAGACUUGUUGGUAUAGUGCCACUUGUGUUGUGUUUGUGAUGAUAAUAAAUUUUAUUUGUUGGAAUAUGUAUGGACUAAUUGCCAUUGCAAUACACGUCUGAAAACAUGAAUAGCCUAGGUUUAAGCAUAAUUUUAAAAAUGGGAUGUAUUUGUUCAAGGGAAACCAUUCUGAUUAAUUCACGAAAGUAUUACGUCCUAGAACACCUUGGAGAAGGUGGUUUUAGCACUGUGGACCUUGUGGAAGAUGCUCAUACUCACAAGACUUAUGCUGUUAAAAAAAUAAUCUGCCAUGGGGAAGAGGACCUGAAAGUUGCUAUGAAAGAGAUUGAGUACUAUGGACUUUUGAAGCAUCCAAAUAUAAUUGAAUGUUUUGAUUCAGCAUUGAAGGAUCGACCAAAUCCAGUCCUGAAUUCUAUAAGUGAAGUGAUGAUUGUUUUACCAUACUACAAGAGAGGUACAUUAGCAUUUGACUUGGAACGUCGUAGUGUGCAUAGGGAAUACAUGAAUGCAUCAGAAAUGUUGAAUAUGUUCCUGCAUAUCUGUGAAGGUGUUAAAGCAUUUCAUGAAGCUAAACCAAACCCCUUAGCCCACAGGGAUCUUAAAACAGCAAAUAUUUUAAUAUCAGAUGAUCAGUCACCAGUCAUUAUGGAUUUAGGAUCAGUAGCAGUGGCCAGGGUCAAGAUCUGUGGCAGUUCUGAAGCUCAGCAGCUACAGGAUCUUGCAAGUGAACGAUGUUCAAUGCCAUAUCGAGCACCAGAACUCUUCAGUGUUGAGAGUUAUUGUAUGAUUGAUGAAAGGACUGACAUUUGGUCUCUCGGGUGUAUUCUGUAUGCAAUGUGUUACUUCAAAUCUCCAUUUGAUGCUGUGUAUGAGCGUGGUGACAGCGUUGCAUUGGCUGUUAUCAGUGGCAAUAUCACAUUUCCAGAUUCAUCUCCAUAUGAUCCAGAAAUACAUGAAUUAAUUCUGUAUAUGUUGAGAGUGAAUCCAAUGGAGCGGCCUUAUAUUUACAGUGUCAUAGAAAAGACUCUUGAUGUCAUCUCAAAAAUAGAAGUCAAAGCAUAGAAUAAAGGUGACCGAUGAAAACAUUUAAGAUCAGCAUUUGGAGACUUGAAGGAUUGCAUAUUUAUGGUGACAAUGUGUUCUGUGUAAAUAUACAGCGUGUUCUGUUCAAACCUCCCACAUUUGAAUUAAUCAUUGCAAAAAAAAUUGUGAUAAAUUAUGGAUUAUAAUUAACACUAGA